AUGAGUGAGCAGUGUGCUGCUGUGGCAAAGAAAGCCAUCAAGAAGCCGGGUUACAACAACAAGGGUAUCAGCAGCAGAGAUAACAAAGUCAUUAUCCCACUCUACAUGGUUUUUGUCAGGCCACACCUGGAAUGUUCAGUUUUGGUUCUCACUAUACAGAAAAGAUGUGGAGAGUUUGGAGACGGUCCAGAGAAGGGUCACAAAGAUGAUCCAAAGACCAGCAAGCUAUAUGAGGAACAGCUGAGAGAAUUGAACCCCCGCCGGCGGCUCAAACCACCCUCCGCCCUGACGGGGGACUAUCGCUGCCCGGCGCGCUGCUGCGCAUGCGCCGCCGGGGGCCUUGUCCCAGGUUCUGGACGCAGGGAUCGGCCGCGGUGGGGGUGCCGUGCGGGCGGUACCGCAGCCGUGGCUGGGGCGGGUCCCCGCAGGGCGGCGAUGGCCAGGCCAACCAUCGUGCCCAUGAGAGUCAGGGUGACCGUCCCAGAGGCCUUCAUGGUGCUCCACCUGAGGAUGAAGAUGGUGGAGGAGCAAACCAGUGCCCUGGUGCGAGACCUGGAGGAGCUUGGCAUCAAUGGGCAGAGCCGUGAGCAUUUCCACUCAGAGACCUCAGAAACACCCGCUCGUCCCCCAGCCAUUAGCCCUGUGCAGGCCAGGGUAGCAUUUGUGGGAGAAAAUACACUGUGGAAGAACUGUGAGAUGCUGGUGAAUCGAAUGUGUCAGUUAGAGAGUGUUGUACAGACACUGAAAUCAAACAUCUUCCGGCUGCAGGCAGAAAAGAAGCUGAACUCCAAGCACACAGCCCAAUUGGAGCAAUGCUUGAGUACACUCCAUGAGGCUCAUUUGCGAGAAAUGGAGACAGUACAGCAAGAAGCAAUGAAGUUGCAUCAGCAACUGAGUGAUGUGAAAGAGGCUGAAGAAAAGGCAAAAGAAGAAGUUCAGAGACUGAGUACUGCUCUGGAGAUUACAACUUCAUCCAAGAUGGAUGUAGUAACUGCAGCUGAGGAACUGCGGAACACAAACCAGAAGAUUAACUGUAGACUUCAGGAACUCACAGAACAGCUCUCCCAGGAGAUCAGCCUGCGGCAAUCUCUGGAGGAAUCCCAUGCAACUGUGUUGUGUUAUGUACAGGACAUGGAAGCAAUAGUAGAAGUGGAACAAAAGCAGGUACAGAUACUACACCAGGACUGCCAAGACUUGUGUAAAAAUUUCCAGCUAGCCCGAGUGAGGCUGCAAGAGGAAGAGGAAAGAACUGCACAGCUGGAGCAACAGUGCACAAAACUGAAAGCUGAGCUGGACUCCAGGAACUGUAUCAUUUCCCAGCUUGGUGAAGAAACAAAAAAUGCACAGCUGUCUUUAAGCAAAGAACACAAGGAGAACCUGCAACUUCAGUCUAAAAUGACCACCUUACGAGAGACAGUAGAGAAAGUACAGAUCCUUAAUGACCACUUAAGCCAGCAACGCUCAGAGCUCAGCACCACACUCCAAAGUGUUGCCAUGGAGAAUGCUAAACUCAUUUCAGACCAUCAGACUGUGCUUAAGGCAGAACAAGACAAGACCCAUAAGCUGCAAGAGCAAGACUCACUUCUGAAUGCUGCCCAUGCCAACGUUCUUGGAGAGCUGCAGAGUGUGCAGCAUGAGAGGUCUCAGCUUCAAAGAGAGCUGGAGGCCUUGCGUACAGAACAUGGCAAACACAGGCUGAAGGCAAGCCUUGCUGAGAAGGCAGCAGCCACACAGAGACAGCUUCUGGAACGUACUGUUGCUAGACUGCAAGAUGAACUUGAGUCAGCUUUGCAAGAGAAAAGAUCUCUGCUGGCAGAAAAGGCAGAUCUUCAACAGGAGAUAAGGACAAGAGCAAAUGAAACACUACAGGAAAGGAAUAAAUUAGAAGUACUAAAAACAGAGAAUGAGCUGGAAAUUAUUUCAAUGAAAUUCACUUCGCAAACACUACAGCAAGAGAACAAGAGGCUAUUGAACCGCUUGGAUGCGCUGGUACGUGAGCAGUGUGCCCAGCAGCAGGUGCAACAAGUGCUGGCAGAGCUGACUGACAGCAAGAAUAAACUGACCUGCGACAAAGGAAAACUUCAGGUGGCAAGCCUGCAGCACCAGCUGGACGCAGCAAAGGAUGAUAGUAAUAAGGCAACAGCCAUGCUGGAGCGUGUGUUAGCAUCUCGUAACAAGAUGAAAGCAACACUGGAUGUGAUACAAACUGAGCUGGUGCAUAAGGACACUGAAAUCAGCCACCUCAGAAGAGACAAGAGCCAGACUCAACCAAAAAUACAGAUGUUGGAAAGAGAACUGAAACACUGCCAAGCCAAACUGGUUGCCAUGGGAAAGCAGCACCGUAGCCAGGUGGAACCACUCUGUAAGGCACUAGAAAAAGCUAGAACAGACAAGAAGAAACUUGUUCUUUGUUUGGAAGAAUUUUUGCAGGUCAGUAACACCCUGCAGAGCAAGCUGAUCCAAACUCAAUGUGAACUGAAAAGUAAAGAAACUGAGAAUCAGCAGCUGAUGCUCUACAGGGAACAGUUAAUGGAAAAAGACAAGACUGAGGGAAAGAUGUGUGCUGCACACUUAGAGUUUUUGAAGAAGCAGUUUCAAAUUGAACAAGAAGCUUCCAGGAGAGCCACAUGUCACGAAUCUGCUGAGAUAAAGAAAUCCCAUGAAGAAGAAUGCUCCAAAGUUUCCUGUGCCAACAGAGAGCUACAGCUAAAGGUAAUAGAGCUGGAAAAGUCUUUUUCCAGUUAUAGGAAAAAGCUAAGAAGUCAAAGAGCUCAAGUCAGACAAUGCCUGGCCUGUAAAGCUAAUGCAGAAAGGAUAAAGGAACUGGAAAAAACAGUCAAACAUCUGAAGGAACAUAAAGAGGAGGCAGAAAAGAAACUGAAGGAAGCUAGCAUAGACUCAGAACAGAUCGCAAUGAGGCUAAAAGCAGCUCACCGUUGGUUCAAAUCCCACUACCAGCAGCUAGAAGCUGUGAAAAAACACCAGCCAAAGACCUGUGAAGACAGCAGCCCCAGAAAAGAGGUAAAGGAAGCAAGCACAUUUGGUUCAAAGGGGGAAGCAAAGAAAAUAGGCAGCGGAAAUAUUUGGUAGCUCCUUAUCAGUCAGUAAUAUUUUCCUAAAUUUCCUUUUGUAGUUCCCUACACAGGGGUAGAAAACAGACCCCUCUUCUAGUUUAGUUUGCUUCCUCCUCUUUUCCCAAAUGACAUACUGAAGCAGCAAAGAAUAUUACAGGAAAAAGAUUGCUUCAAGGGACUGUUUCUGUACUUAGAAAAGGUUGUAUUGCACAUUUUGUUGGUGCACAUUAACCAAAUACUUGUCUGAAAGCUAACAGCUAGUAGAUUUCUUUCUCUACAUUCACCUGUUUCAGUGGUUCUCCUUCCCCAGAUCCAUGCCUUUUACAGAUACCUUUUCAAAAGCUACGCUUACCUUGUUUGUGUAGAUUCCUCAGCCUUCUCCAUAAUUGAUAGUUCUUAUAGAGGCAUGUAAUUAGCCUUUUAGAGAUGUAUGUAUGAAACUGCUGAAACUUUAGCCUCUUCUUCAGUAAGGACAGAGAUUCCCUGAACAGUCACCAGCUUCAUAAAACACAGCAUCUUUUUCCAGGAGAAAAAGCAAGAAGAAUAUCCCACUUACACCUCCCUGGACACAGCAAGACCCAGCACUUCCAGCUCACCACCAGGAAGGCCACGUGAGUUGGGCAGGAAAUGAGCAAACUUGUCUGGAUGAUUCCCAGUCCAGGGAGAGCAUCACCUGCCAGGAGGAGACUCCCAGCUAGCAUGCAGGUGCUGGAGAAAUUGGGGACUUCAGCUGAUCUCACAUAAUUAGAUAGGUCUGUAGCACUGAGAAGGUAUUGCAGAUAGAAGGUGCACACAGCACACCACAUAUAGGGGACUUAGGGUUGCUUGUUUAAGUCAUAAACUGAUUUGAAGUAAGUCAUACCUCUCACCUGGUCUUUCUGACUCAGAUUCUUUGCGAUGUGAGACUGAUAUAACUACCAUUUGUAGCAAAACAAUUACUCUUUGAAUGUUGA